AUGCUGCGGGAGUGGGCGCGGAGAUACGCGCUGGUGGUGGUGGUGGCGGGGGAGUGGCCGCCUGACACGGCCUCUCAACCUGCUGUCGCUGCAACCACCCCCAACUCCUCCUCUCAUCUACCCCAGUCCCCUGCCCUCACGGCCCCUCCUCCUCGCGUCCUGCUGCUGCCCAACCUCCGCCACGUGUCAUCCACCGAUGCCGCCAACUCACCCACCCUAGCUGCCACGCUAGCAGGCGUGGCAGAAGAACCAGAGAGCGCAGCAGCACACCAGGAGCUGCAAAGCCCAACGGCUCUCUCCUCCCCCACGCCCCCCUCCCUCUCCACUGCCAACAUCCGCACGUCCUCUGUCCCGGUGGUAGAUCUCGUGGUGCUGGACGCGUCUUCUGCAAGCCCAGCGGGGCAGCAGGAGGAGGCAGGAGAGCCAGCCCCCCGCCCUAAUCUGCGCGUGUCUGCGUGCCCGCUGGUAGACCUGGUGGUGCUGGACGCGCCCUCCGCAUGCCACCGCGUGCUGGCAUCGUGCGUGGGCGUGGCGGCAGUGGUGGGGCGAGCCGUGGCCGGGCUGAGAGUGGAGCGCGAGCUCAUGGGGGUGCUGCACGCCUUGGGGGACGUGGGGGAAGCAGGGGACGUGGGGGACGUUGGGGACGUGGGGGACGUGGGAGUGUUAAGGUUGAUGGGGAGAGGGGAGGCUGGAGAGGUGCGUGGUGGUGGUGAGGGGCGCAGUGCGGUGGUGGCGGUGGUGGGAGUGGCAAGCAUGGGUCGCAGUGGUGCGUUGAUCCGCGCCCUGCUGCCUCGCUGCCAUGCGCUUGUGCUCUCUGGCCCUGUGCUGCCCGCCCUCCUCGCUGCCGUUACUGCUGGUACUCUUGCUGGUUCAGUUGGUCGUGGGUUACAUCUCGCCCGCCUGCCCGAGUUCCGUACUCUCGGCACGCUGCAUUGCACUGAUCCAGCAGCAGUGCACAGUGAUAUAGAUGGAGAUGUGAUAGCAGAGAGAGGGGAGACAGCAGAGGGAAACGAGGUAGCAGAGCGAGAGGAGGCAGCAGCUCAAAAUACCCACAUCUCAUCCCUCCUAUCAUCUCUCCCGCACCCAUCCCCUCAAGCCCAGGCGGAAGCCUCUGCUUUCCUCUCCUCGCUGCCCCCUCCCUUCCUCUCCCGCCUCGUGCUGCCUCUUGCUGUGCGUGCGGUACCUGCUACUCACGGCACCACCACUACCACUCCCUCCCACAACUACCACCACCAGCAGCAGCAGAAGAAGCAGUUUGAGAGCGAGCAGCAGAGUGACUCGCAGCAGCAGGUGGAGCUGUGUGCGUCAAGCAUUGAAGACGUCGCUCGCCUCUGUACUGCCCUCAACUGCCAGUGCCCCAAGUGCAUUCCCCCCACGUCCGCAUUCCCUCUCCUCCGUUCUUCCCUCCGUUGUUCCCACCUCUUGUCUCUCCCCCCUUGGAUUGGAUCACAGCAGACAGUCUUCUGGGCUGGCUCUAUCUCCCUGCACCCAACAAGAGAGGCGCCAGCAUCACGGCAGGGCACCCAUGCAUCACUGCGUGCGGUACUAUAUGCGGCAGAGCCAGGAUCGCAUGCGGCAGGGCAGGGAUCGCAUGCGGCAGGGCAGGGAUCGCUUGCGGCAGGGCAGGGAUCGCAUGCGGCAGGGCAGGGAUCGCUUGCGGCAGGGCAGGGAUCGCAUGCGGCAGGGCAGGGAUCGCAUGCGGCAGGGCAGGGAUCGCUUGCGGCAGGGCAGGGAUCGCAUGCGCUGCUUUGUGUGGACUCUGCUCUGCUCUCCCUCCUCACCACCGCACCCACCAGCGAGAGCAACGGCGCCAGCAGUGAUCUCCGUGUUGGCGCGGGUGGCACGGAUACCGCUGGUCAGAUGAGGCGGCCACAGCUCAUAAUGGCCGGGCGGCAGCUGCAGCAGGUGCUGGGGCGGCAGUUACGGCAGCAUGUGAAGGUGGUGCCACUGCCGCCUCCUGAUUGGUCCGCAGUCUUCCUAGAUCCCUCGCUGCCUCUCACUGUUGACAUCGGCUGUGGCAACGGGGGCUUCUGUCGAAGCAUUGCUCCGCGGUUCAGAGGGUCAAGGAACUUCCUUGGGGUGGAGAUCAACCGCCAUGUGCGUGGGGUUAGGGAGAUGGGUACAUGUGCAACUGGUGAAGAAGGCGCUCUCUAUGGCUACCAGCUCUCCCCCACCGCAUGCCCCACACAGGCCCACCUCUACCAGGGACACUCGCAGGCAGCGCAGCGAGCACACACCAAGCAACGUGUAUGCACGCCGCCAGGCGCCCCCCUUCCGUCCUGUAUACGUAGCAUCCUUGCAACUCCUGUGUCGAAUCAAAGCCACCGCACGCUAAUGUGGCAGCAUAGCACCCACGCACCUCUGCAACCCAUGCUGCGGUUCCCUCUACUGUCCUGCACUUGUGCAUACGUAGCAUCCUCGCACCGCGCGUUUUUCCAUGACUGCCCGCCCCUCCUGCUGUAUGGCUGCUCUUCUGGUGCUCAAUGCAGGUGGUUCAUUCAUGCCAAUGCCACCACGUCUCUGCACGCGCUGCUAAUCGGCUACGCUGGACCCAUUAACCUCUUCACCAUCCAGUGCCCGGACCCGGACUUUGCGGCGAGCAGGAGAGCGCAGGAGAGGGGCACAGCACACGUGCACCGAUGGGGCAUGCUCACCCCUGCCCUCGUGCACGCCAUGCUUGCCCUGCUGCACCCCUCUGGCAAGGAGUCUGAGAUUGCUGGCCGCGUCGUUGCUAGGAUUUUGAAAGUGAAGAAGAAAAAGAAGAAGUCGACGACGACCGCGAAAGCAGCGGCGAUUGCGGAGGAAGAAGAAGGAAUUGCGGACAACGCGGAGAGAGGAGCGGCGGACGAUGCGGCCGACGCGGAAGUCGCGCGAGAUGAGGGGGACGAGGAGGAGUCUCGAGUGGUUAAGGCGAAGAAAGCGAAGAAAGCUAAGAAGACGGGAAGCAAGAAGGCGGUCAAUUCUGUGAGAGAAGCGGAGGGGGGAGAAGUUGCGGAAACGGGGAGGAGAGCGGGUAGGACGAGCGGAGAAGGGGAAAGCGGAAAUGGCGAGGACGGGGAAGGUUUUUCCGCUGUGGAUAAGGCGGAGGCGGAAGCGGUGAUUGCGGGGAAGGGGGAAGAUGCGGAGGAGGGGGACGGAGCGGGGGAGGGGAAGCGAACGAAGAGAAUCAAGGGGAAGAAAAGUGAGGUGAGGGAGGGGGACGGAGGGGAGGAGGGGAGUGAUGAGGAGGAAGGUGGAGAGGAUGCGGUAACGACAAAGUCAAGCAAGUCAAGACAGUCGAGCAAAUCAAGCAAGUCAACAAGGGCAGCAAGAGGGAGUGAAGUUGAAGGGGAGCAGCAGGAGGCGGAAGGCGAGGAGGGUGAUGAGGUUGAGGGAGAUGAGGAGGGAGCAGCGGGUGCACUGGGCACCAGGAAGAAAAAGAAGGCAAAGAAGCAAAAGGGGGAGGAGGAGGAUGGGGAGGGGGAGGGAGAGGGGCAGGGGAAGGGGGAGGCAGGAGCAGCGCGGGCUGCUGGGGACGAGGAGGAAGCGCGGCCGGGUGGGGAGGGCGAGACCACGACAGAGAGCACGACGAAACGCGACAGCGAGGACAGGGAUGAGGGCGGGAGUGGCGGAGGGAGCGCGGAGAGAGAGACAGCGGGAACGGGAGAAAGCGGGGGAAAGGGGGUAGUCGGGGGGGAAGGCGGAGGCGGGGCAGGGUCGGAGAUACAGGUGGCGUUCACGGGUCCACAGGACGUGAUGGACGUGCCGGUGGACGAGGAGAUGGUCUCCGUUGACCUUGAAGACAUCCCCCCUGACCCUGAACCCCCCCACCCCACCCCCGCUGCUGAUUCACAUGCUGCUGCUGAUGCUGCCGAUGCUGCCGAUGCUACCAACGCGGCAGGGAAUGAGCUGCAGGGAGGCGCUGAAGGCGCGACUACCGGUGGUGACAGCGGCGGUGGUGGCGGUGCCGAUGGUGGUGCCGCCUCUGCUGGGGAAGGUUAUGGGAAAGCUGCGGUGGCGGCGGGUGGGGAUGCAGAGCAGGAAGCAGGGUUCCUCUCCCGCUGGGUCGUCGCGCCCCUGGCUGCAACCCUGGAACCCAUUCUCGCCCCUCUCUACCCCCUCACAUCCCUCUUCCUCUCGCCCGGGCAAACUGUGGCUCGGCAGGAGGUGGAUUUGUCUGUGGCGUUCGGGCAGCAGAUUCCGGGGGGAGGGAAGCAGGGAGGGGGAGGGCAGGGAGGGGUGGGGGGAGGAGCAGGAAGGAGCAGGGCGGAUGGUGGGUCGGAGUGGGAUGAGUGGGACGAGGAAUGGGGGGGUGCGAGAGGGGAGGGGGGAGGAGGGAGGGAGAAGGGGGUGGGGAGUGUGGGAAGUGGAGGGAGGGGUGUGGGUGGUGGGGAUGGGUAA